AUGCAAAGUGUCGCCCAUGGGGAGAUCGACUCUUGGAGACCUCAUAAUAUUGAGCGUACUGUCCGCGAUGCUCUCCAACACGGCCCCUUUGAGUAUGUUGUCGUUGCCCUCAGGAACCUGCCUGACAUCUACUCGAUCCUGGAUAUUAUCGCUCCCGCAGUAACUCUGGAUCGCACCUCUAUCGUCUUGGUCCAGAACGGCAUCGACAUCUAA